UUUUCAUAUGUAACAUAUCCCCAGCACCUCCUGAAGUGCCCAGUACACUUCAUCUCUAAACCACAAACCCUGUUAUAAGUUUGAAUCUAACGCAUUUACAAGAGAAAUCGAAUGGAAUGUGAUCGAAAUACUCUGAGAGAGCUUGCACUCUCUAUUGCAGAUCACCCACCUUCAGAUUUCAACUUAAUCCUGCAAUUCUUCGUAUCUUCUUCUCGCUCAGAUAUACACAGAAAAAAGUUACCAGUCUCCCCAUUUCUUAACUAUCUUUCCUCCCUAAGUGAGGCCUGUAACGAUGAGAAAACAGAUUCAAAUAUACUCGUCUGCACGGUUUUAAAGAUACUAAGAAACCUCUGUGCUGGAGAAAUAAAAAACCAAACUUCGUUUGUUUAUGAUGGGGGUUUGGAAAUCACUGCUUCUCUUGCAAAACAAUUAAUAUUUCAGUGCAGUCGUAACCCUAGUAUUGAGAGAAAUUCGUUUUGUGAAGGCUCAGAUGUUUGCCAGAUGAUUUUGCAGUUACUGGGGAACGUUUGCUUGGCAGGAGAGGAGCAACAAUCUGCAAUAUGGCGAGCAUUUUUUCCUCACAUUUUUGCAGGUUUUGCAUCAAUUCAAAAUGCUAAAAUAUACGAGCCUUUGUGUAUGGUCAUAUGCACCUGUUGUAAGAACAGCCAGGGACGUCUCAAGGAGAUAUGUGGAAAUGAUGGAUACCCAAUUUUUGCAGGCCUUUUGAGUACAUCACAGAAAGUCAGGAUCGAAGCCAAUUGGCUGGAGCUCCUCCUUACAAAGAUAUGCUAUGUUGAACCAUAUUUUGUACAUUUAUUUACUGGUUUAAGUUCACUAGAAGUUUCUUCAGCCAGGGUAGGGGAUGGAAGAGAAAUCUUUUGUUUGGAACAGGCACUUCUCUUAUAUGUGAUUGCCAAUUUUGCGACUCACCAAAUGGAAGAAUUCUCACUGUUAGUGAAUUCAAAGGAGUGCAAAUCUGUUGUGAGGGAAUUUGUAACAUUUAUUGUUGAGAUUGUACGGAAAUCUGAGGGAAGCAUUGAUUUCAGAUCUGUGAAUCCUCCAACACUACCAACUGGAUUGCCUGCUAUUGAUGUCUUGGGUUAUUCCUUAAAUAUACUCAGGGAUAUCUGUGCCUCUGAGGACUUUCCUUCCUCCUCUGCAGACAUACACCAAAAUCAAGAAAAUGGAAAAGAAUAUGUAGGAAAUUCUCUGGUUUCAUCUGAUCUCAUACAACUGAUGAUAGAUUUGCUUCGGGAGCUUGGUCCUCCUGAGGCUGUAAAGAAAGCCACAAGGCAAGCUAGCACAGGAAGUUCAAAUCCUUGUUCAACAGCUCUCAAUCAGUCUAAAGAAAUGACAGAUGGUAGUCCUAGCAAAAUCAUGAGAAGCACUGUAGCAGAUAUGUGUGAAGACCCUUCUUUGUUACACGAUGGGGAUAAAGACAGGGCAGUUCAUGCUUCUCAAACAGGAGUAGUGUGCCCUUACAAAGGCUAUCGGCGAGACAUUGUAUCAGUCCUUGCUAAUGCUAGCUUUCGGAGGAAGCACGUCCAAGAUCAGAUUCGAGAAUGUGGUGGUUUAUUUAUAAUUUUGCAACAUUGUGUAGUUGAUAAUGAAAAUCCAUUCUUAAGAGAAUGGGGCUUAUGGGCAGUAAGAAAUUUACUAGAGAACAAUAGAGAGAACCAGAAACAAGUUGCUGAGCUGGAGCUGCAAAAUUCUGUAAAUACAUCGGCAAUUGCAGAAAUGGGCCUGAGAGUAGAAAUUGAUCCAAAUUCAAGAAAGCCGAGGCUCUUUAAUUUAGCUACCUAGUAUAUAAAUGUAGGGUACACUCCAAACACAUGAAGUGGAUACCUUGGUAAAAAGAAGAAUUUCAAAGCACUGGCCGAAUCUAAUUUGUCUUCUCUGUGUGCUUUACUUGGGGAUGUAACCAAAGAAGUUGCAGAAAAUCUGAAAGAUGUUUGAUAAAUCUCCAAAGGAGAUGGUGAAAUAGAUUAUUUGUUAAAUCAGAUAUUCUACAACUGUUAAUGCUUUAUUUUUGUUUUUUCUAGAAUGCAUCUAUUUGUCUUCUCUGUGUUCUUUGCUCACGGAAGCUCUCUUGCUAGCAUUUCUAGGGUAAUUUCUCCUAUUCUUUUGUAUUCUUCUCUUGCAAUGCUUUUCUUGAGCUAUUCCCCUUUUUCUCAGUUUUAUUAGUUUCUAUCGUGGGAAGGAAGAUACUAUUGUAAUCAUCCAUUUCAAUUAAUGUGAAGUCUUAUUCUUCUUUCACUUUA